ACAGAACCUGGCGAUCGGCCUUCGCUGCGCCGCGCCGUCGGGCCGCGGUGCUGGCUCGAGUCACUCAAAAGCGUGGGUGCUGCUUCUUGUCCCGUCGCUUGCUAUUGUCCGUUGCCGCGGUCUGGGUCUCUUCUUUUCCACCACACCAGACGAUUAACUGACAACAGCAGAAAUUAGCCAUUCUCAGGGAUACAGAAAGGACAUUUUGAAGAAGAAUGAAGAUUUAAAUUAUUGACUUCCAAUAAAUUAUAUGCCUUUGAACUCGAGUAUAAAAACGUUGGCUACUAAUGCAAUUACAAUUAUGAAAUUAUUGCUGAUGCAAUAUGGAAUUUUGUAAGACUUUGGCUACAAAACCUCCCUCACUGGUAAUCUUUGAAAAUGGUACUGAUUUGCUGCAGAUGUACAUCCUCUGCACAAAGAAGUACUCCAAAAUGUUACUAGUGCAGUGCAAAUUCUCAAAAGCCCCUGGGAUCACUGCACUCAACAUUUGCAAUUCAUCUGUCUUUUUCAUCUCAUCAAAAGGUCUGUGCACCAGUUGUGUCAAAGAACAUAUUUAAAUGGAAGGUUCUGAACACAACCUAAAUCCAAAAGGUUUUCAGAGAAAAUUACUUCUCACAAUAAUUGCAAUUGAUCAAUCUUCAAGCUCAUUCUCACGAAACUGAAUUUUUAAUUACAGUAAUUCUCUGUGCCCUGAUAUAAACUGGAUGUUAUUACAUAAUAACAACAAAUACAAGCAUAUUUUCAUCCACACUCCUGAAAUAGUCACAUCAUUUCUGGUCUUUACAUCUUUUUCAUUGAAAUUUCUUAAUAUUUUAUUCUUGUGUUUAACAAAUUGUAACUGCUAGUUAUUUAGAAUUAGCUAGUAACUGCUAUUAUUUAUUUUAUUUAGAAAACCCCAAACUGCCUUCUUUAGAUGCUAUACAUCUGUGAAGGAAACGUAGAGAAGUUCUAACAAAACGAAAAUUGAAUAUGUAGAAUUUAUAGAGUAUUGUUUGAAGAAUAAUAGGAUGAUAGAACUUUGCCAUUGCAUGUAGUUGAUUGACCAUGUUUAUCCACUUUACUUCCAUCCUUUCUCCCCUCAAAUAUCCACAUUUGGUUCAUUGAACAUGAAAAGUUGUUAUUAAGUUGUCUUGAAAAUUAUGUGCCCACAACAAAGCACAGAAAUGAACAGUUUUAUGAUUUGUGUGGAUUAAAAUUGAAUUGCAAGAAGACUAGCAUUAUCUUUAGUUGGCAAUUUGUGUAUAUGUUAAAAUACUUCUCAGAAUAGUAUCAUCAUAAUUAUAAUUAUCUUCAGAGUAUUUUAAAGAUCCAAAUGUCACUCUCUACUGAAGAAUGUGUAAUGUUUCAUAGGGGUCAAUCAAAUUAUCUGAUCAGCUCACAGAAGCAAAAUAGCAAUUAACAGUUGAUGCAGGGCACACAGAAGCAAAAUAAAUUUGAUUUUCACCAGAGACUAGUAAUUGAUGCUCUAUGUUUAAAAGUUUUCAUUUGCAAAACUGCUCAGAACUACUCAAGUAAAUGGGCCAUUUCACAUAUAAUUACAAGUGUUGUGUUAAAACGUCUGUAUUAUAUAUACAUUUACUUGGAAAAAGCAUAAAUUAUUUGUUAUAAAAAUUGUAGUGCUCUUUUCAGACAAUAACGUUGAUUAUUUUAUUAAUGAUUGACAGUCUGUUGUUCAAACGAAUAACAUUGAAACAUCUAUUCUGUGCACACAUCAUUACAACAUACAUAGGCAUAAAAUAUGUUGUUUUCUUAUUUUAAAAUUCAAUCGAAAGUUUAAAAUUCAAAGAAUGCCAAAAUGUGAUAUAGAUAACAUAAAAUAAGUAUAAAAAUCUAUAUGCAUCAAAUGAAUUGCAGUCUGAAGACUAAUAAAAUGUGUAUAGAAAGCAAGUAUGACUCUUUGAGUAGGGAAAGGUACUGGAACAAUUGUAACAACUGGUAUUAAUUAUUUUUGUUUUGUUUUACAUCUGAUCUUUAAAAAUUCUUGUUUAAGAAACAUUGUAGCAUAUGCAGACUUGGUAUUUCUUUGAUGCAAAAUCAAAAAAAAAAAAAAAAAAAAAAUAAUAUAAUGAGUAGAAAUUCUAAACUAUUAUAAAACCCUACAUGUAAUUAUGUAGACCUUUGGUUACUGUACACAGUGUGGGAGUUAGACAAUGUUGGGUCCGGAGCAAUGCCGAAACACAGCCCCCUGCAUUAUUUUAUUUCAACAAAAGUUACAUUUAAGCUAGAAGAAGUGUUUGGAAAUAUAUUUUAAAUAGUAGUUUUAAGUAAAAGUAUUUUGUAAUCAAAUAAUACAAUUUCCACUGUGAGCUUAAAAAAGCUUAAAAAAAUUUGUUGUGUCUAGUUAAUGUUUAAUAAAAUCACUCGUUAAAUACAUGAUAAAUAAUAAACAUGAAUUUCAGUAAAACCUAUUUUAACAUUAGCGUUCUUUCAUUCAUUUCAUAGCGUCGUACUUUACAAGUAAUUACUAUAAUUAAGUACGUAAAGUAAAAAAUUAAUUGGAAAAUUUUAUGAAAUAUCAGACUGCUGUACAGCACCUUUCAAAAUUAUGACGACGAUUUCCUCGACUUCUAAUUUCUUUUUCAAUUGUUUAGUAAUUUUUCCCCAUCAAUUCCAUCAUUGGGCCUCUUGAUUUGUGAGGUCUUGGUGAUUGCCCGGUCUGCCCAUGCUUAUUGCUAGCACUGUCUGCACAGUAUUUGAAAAUUAAAUGUUAUGCUUUAUUUUUAUAUGGUGUAGUAUCAGGUUACCUAUAUUAUAGUAUUAGGUUUUUAUAAUGAUUUCUUCAUGAAUAGAACCAAUUUUGAAAAUCAUGGCAGUUUAUAUAAUUGAGAAGUGAUGUUGGUAUAUUACUAGGAAUUUAUUUUAGCCAUUCCGCAUGACAGUGGGUAGUUCUGAGUCUUGUGUCCUUCACCUCAUAAUAUGAACUGGCUGAUGUCAUCCCAUUAGUUGUUUUUUCUUCUGUACAGCAUGUAUAUGGCUACUCUGAAAGGAAACUUUUAAUAUUAUGUGCAAAUGUGAAUCCUCAGAAUUAGUAGAUAUGACAUAUAUAAUGUAAGUAUUAAAAAGGGAAUAUAAUAGGUGCUAGAUUAUACAUAAAUAGAUUUCAAGCACUUAUCUCACCAAUGAGAAAGGUAAUCCUCAAUUAUGAAAAUACUACGUACUUUGUUAUGGUUUAUAGUUAUGUUUAAACCACUGUAUAAUGUUCUGAGGUGGCAUGCUGAUGAAGGAAUGGCUUGCAUGAUGUUUUCUUGACAUGAAUGGAUGUUUUACAUUCUUUAUCAAAGAAUAUAACAAUUUUGAAAGGAGGAAGUUAAAACAAACUCAGUAAAUGUGUCAUAUUGUGAGCAAAAAAGUCGUUUGAAUGUGUUGAAGUUUUAGAGAUGAACGAAUAAAUAUUUCUUUGAAACAAAUAAUUUGUCUAAAGUGGUAUUGUGGAAUGUAACUACAUUAUCAUUAAAUUCAGAUACAAAACAUAUUUCAUGGGAGAGGGAGUAAUUUUUUUCAAUCCUCUCACAUUGAUAAGUUGGAAUAAAUAACAAAAUCAAAUUGUUAGCUUGAUAUUUAAAAAAAAGUGUUGAUAAUGUAAAUAAUUCUUUGGAAUAUGAUGUGAUCAAUGUGUGAUCAUAUUUUUUCAAGAGAUUUAGUAAAAGUAUAAUAGAGUUGGAUUUUCAUGGGGGAUGGCCCCCCUGAUUUUUCCUCCCUGGAUUCGUCGCUGAGCAAUAUACUGCACACUUAGAUAUUCAAUGCGAUCACAACAGAGUAUUUACCUCUACUUCAAAUGAUUCUUGAGUGCGACAAUGAAAACAUUUUUUAAAUAAAUUUGGAUUCUGAGAGCCCAGUAAACAGGCUAUUAUAAUAUUGCCAACUGUCAUAAGAAAUGUAAGAUUAUGGGAGUUUUAUUCCUUUUAGAAACUUUCUGGAACAUGGGUAUUGGAAAUCUAUGGUGGAUAUUUGAUGAAAAUUGGUCAUAUCCCAUGAAACCAUAAAACCACCAGGGUCUUGGUAGACAAAAUAGUUCAUAAUAUGUAUUAUUGGGUAUGUUACAGAGGUUUGAAGACAUAGUAAAGAAACAAAAACAAAUUUGAUUUUUUUCAUCCGAAUGGCCUAACAUUUUCCUUUUAGACUUGGGUAAUUAUAACCAUCAAAACCUUUUCCAAUUAUUCUACUUAAUUAUAUUUUUCAGAUGAAAUGUACAAAGGCUGCAAUAAAUUUGCCUUAAUAGAUUGCUACAGACCACAAAAUUAUUAACGUUUUCUUCAGUUCCGGAAUUCAUACCCUCCUCUUUGACAGUGAACAGUUGAAUAAUGAGUAAAAGAAAAUGUGUGGUGUUUAUUGCAUUUCAUGACCAGGAAUGUAGCACCAGUUAUAGAGAACAUAGCAAAUGAGAAACAGAUUUGAUUAUCCAGAAUUGUUAUAGGAACAGCAGUCAACAACAAAAUAAGAUAUUUUGACAGUCCAGCUCAAGAGGCAUUGUUACAAAUUUUAGAAUUUUCGUUGUUGCAUUUUGGAACUAGGCUCUCGAUACGGUAUCUUAAUCCUCCACUUUUCUGGAAUUAGCAAUACAAGGGCGCAAAAAAAACUUGGGCAGACAGUAGUUUCUUUCAUGAUACCCUACCUGCUGUGAUCUGGGCCCUAGAUUUUUUUGGUUGGGUGGGCCCUUGCAUGCCUACAUCUGAAUCUGUAUCACAUGGCUGUACCUGAAGUCGAAGAUGUUAUUGUGGAUGUGUUCACAGCGUAUGCUUCUCAGUAUUACAACAUAGAGCGAUAUAAUGCAUCUAGUGUUUUUUUUUACCAGAGAUAGACUACUGAACUUCCUCAGUAUUAUAAUCUAGAAAUAUUAGUAUUUUCCUACACUGUUUUACCUCAGUUUUCCUCCUCGAUCUCUUUUCCUUCCUUCUUCCAUUCUUUCCUCCUCCUUCGUCUCUUCCUUUCCCCUUUCUUCUUCUUUCUAUUCUUCUUCUUCUUUUUCAUAUUCUCCCCUCUUUUUUUCUUUUUCUUCUUCAUUCUUCUUUACCAUCAUCACUAUAAUUUUUAAUAUAUUAUUUUAAUUAUUUUGUAAAUGAAGACACUGAACAUUGUAAAAUGAAUUUUACCCUUAAUUGAAAAUACAAUUAAAUUUUCAACUGGCAGCUACAAAAUACUCAAAACUGAGAAUAUUAAAUCAUUGUUACAGCAAAAAUUAUUAGUGAUGGAUUUCAAAGUUCAAAAUGGAAAUUCAAUUGAAUUUUGUAUUUCUGUAACAAACCCUUUUGAGUUAAUGAAUGUCUGUCUCAAUUUUGAGUCUCAAAUUGUACUGUGGUAUUUGCUGAAAUUACCGUCGCGUAAUCCACAGACUGGUAUCACGUAGCUUCAUCCAAUGCAAGAAAGUAUUAUUCGUCAAUAUUGUUGCCUCGUUUUAGAAGCAAUUGAGUAUUUCAUAUUAUCAAGAUACAGUGUUUGGAUGUGCGUCUUCGGUUGAUAUGCAUAUGAGUAAAAUUAGCACGCAAUAGUAGUUUUAUGUGGGGUUUCAAAUUGGUAUAAAAAAUAUUGAAUAUUUUACCGUAGAUAUAUAUCCAUAUUUUCCUUUAAAUAUUUCUAAAAUUUAGGUAAUUAAUUUGCCAAUAUUUUUAAGUUUUCUAAUUAUUAUUAAUAUUGAUAUUAUUGCUAAAAAAAUGGACACUAUGUUUGCAAAAUUGUAGCCUAA